AUUGAUUUGGCCAGAAAAAUAGCCAAUGUAACCUGUUAAGCUUUUUAACUGAAGUGGUUCAAUUACAUAGAUUAUUCGCACCCCAAUAGCAUUACUCCGACUUGUCAACUGCUUCCAUUUCCGCGGCUUUUACGCAGCACACUUAGCCACCCACUCAUUGGACAUUCGCUGCAUGCGGUGGAGCUUGCUUUGCAGCACAGACUCCUGAAUUCUCCACACCGCUUUGCACACAGACGGCAGCUAACUAAUCCUUUCUGCAGGAGAAAGCAGACUUAAAAUUGUCUCGGUCAGAGGUUUCCACCCGUGGUUUUUGUUGGUGUGCAUGGAUUUAAUCAAGAUUUGACUUGAUCUCGUUCACAUUAGUUGUGAUUAGAGUAUGUGUUUGUUUUCUUUUGGUAUACAGAGGUAUUGUUGCUUCAGACUUUUGGUCGAUCGAGACACUCGACUUUGUUAUUUAAAGCAUCCAAAGCUUCGGAGAUAGAACAUUCCGUGACAGGUGCAGUUUUCUCUGUCGCCUCCAAAGCUCACUGUUCAUGCUCUGCUGGGGCAAGUGAGUGAGUGCCAUUUUGUAGAAUGUGUAACGUUAUGCUCCUAGGAUUCAUAUCCCCAGAAUGCCAUUUUACAAAGAGCAGCAAAAAUGUAUUGCAUGCUGUGUUGAUGUUGUCUGAUGGAACCUGUGGAAUAAGAAGUUUCUGUUUCUGUGCUGUAGCUCAGUGAGCCUGGAGGGGGUUAAAUGGGAUGGACAGCAAAGGUAGCUCCCUGCCUUCGAUGCCCGAACCAGCCAACCCGAUCAGCAUGAAGCAGCCACCGGAGUCCCUCGGUGUACGGAAGGGUGGGGGGGACAUGAGCAGUGACCCUGCUCUACUAAUAAUGGACAAAGCUGCCGCCCAGCUGGCCGCCACACUACAAGACGGUGUCCUUCAGAAGAUGGCCGGCCACAGUCAUAACAACCACAGCCACGAGAGGCUCAAAGACCUCACCUCCCGGGUGCUGAAUGGGGACCAAGACACGCUGCCUAAGCUCUGUGCUCCAGAGCCACCCAUGUUUAAGGGUGCCGAAGCCCCUGCUAUGAAUGGCACCCAUCAGCACAAUUGCACUCCUCAUACUGAACAUGAACUGAAAGCGAUGAUACCCCAGGUGGUGAAGCAGCCGUUGUUUGAGCCGUGCUGUGCCAAUAGGACCAGUUUGUCCACGGCCACCGAAGAUGCUAUAUCUGCACCGGAGAAGAGGCAGGAUCUGAAGAAAAGGAGGGGGGGGCCUCACAAACCAAACCUCGGUUCUUCUGCCGUUCCGGUGGAGCCACUUGACCGCACCAAUGCUGGAGGUGGAACUGGAGCAGCUGAUGAGCCUGAUCUCAUCCCACAGCUGACGAAGGAGGAUACACAAGAGUCCCCUGUGCUGAUCAGUUUUUCUGUUGGUGAUUUGGUUUGGACCAAGGUGUCGGGGUACCCCUGGUGGCCUUGCAUGGUGACCACAGACCCAGAAUUUAACAAUCACAUCAAACCGAAACAGAAAGCCGUCAACAGUAGGUUGGGCCCCCUUUACCAUGUGCAGUAUUUUGGAGACGCCCCAGAGAGAGGCUACAUCUUUGAGAAGAACAUGGUGUCCUUCACCGGGGAGGACCAAUACCAGGAGCUCAGCCAGGGCAACAAACAGCCAGCCUCUCGCGUCAUACACAAGAAGAAAGUUGCAUUCCAAAUGAAGAAUCGGGCCUUUUUUAAAACGGAUACAUUUGAUAUCAAGUCCUCUCCUGCACAACUGUCACAUGCUGCUGAUCACACGGCUCCCUCUGUGCCCCGUAAACUCCAGGCUCAGUGGAACAUGGGAGUCAUUCAGGCCAAGGAGGCCUUCAUCAUGUCACUGGAUGAGCGCAUGGUAAACUUCGCUUUUCUGUACGAUGACGACGGGCCUCGUCUGAACCCCUGCAUCCUGGAGAAGCUGAGGCCAAAACAGAGCAACGAGAUGGACCAGGAAACGGAGUCUAGAGUCGGCCCAGACCUCCCUUCACUGCCGGUGGGCCCUGCCGACGACCCCACAGCCGCCUCUCGGUCCCAAGACAGCACUUCAACAGAGAAAACGCAAGCACCCAGAACAAAACUCAGCUCGGGAGAAUAUCGAAGAAGGGGCAAAGGCCAUCUAAAUAAUGUCCUGUUGAAAAACAAAGUUUCUUCCAAAGAAAUACUUCAUCCGCAGCUGGCCUCACAGGAUCCCACCACUUGUGCACCAGAUCUACAAACUGAAACAGUCGUACCUCAGAGGAAGAGGAGGAGACCCAGACAGGCUCAGUCUCCCACAAAGACAGUUAGGAGAAGGAAAACAUCUGCAACGGACAACUCUUCUGACCCCGGGAAGAACAGGAAAUCGGAGCCGGUUUCUUCGACAGACAAUAUAACGGAGCCGGUCUCGCUUCCAGUUUCAGCUCCAGUGAAGAGGCACCGAAAGAAGAGGUCGCCGACAGACGCGACGGCAGACACGGUUCAGCUGCCUAAAAAGAGACGUAAAACAAGCAACGCUGCAGAGAAACAGAAACCUUCCCAGGACUCGACCUCAGAAGGAACGGAGAAAAAGCAGAGAAGAAGAAAGAAAACCGACAAAGACGUAACAGAAACCAAGAAGAGCAUGACCAAGUCUAAAGCUCCCCUCACCGAAGAAGACACAGAGAAACCAAAGCGUAGGAGGAAAAGGAAGCAGGAUGGAGAGACUGAGAUCACACCCUCCAAGGCAAAGAGAAGGCGGGUCACCCCUUGUCUUGAUCCCGAGGGUUCUGGGAGCGAAGGACGUCCUGAUUCUCCCAGUGACAGCUUAGACGGGACGAAAAAGGGCGAACGGAAGAAAGAGUUUGUCUGCCAGACGUGUGAGCAGGCGGGGGAGGACUUGGUGCCCUGUGAAGGCCAAUGUUAUGGGAUGUUUCACCUCCAGUGUCUGGGUCUGUCAUUCAAACCUGACGAGAAGCUGCUGUGUCAGGAGUGCAGCACAGGAAUUCACUCGUGUUUCACCUGUAAGCAGCCGGACGGCGCUGUGCGGCGCUGCCACGUUCCGCACUGCGGCAAGUUUUACCACGAGGCGUGUAGCCGCCUCAACCCGCUCACCGUGUUCGACAACAAGGGCUUCCGCUGUCCGCUUCACGCCUGCCUGAGCUGCCACUACGGCUGCCGCACCAAGCAGAAGUCCACCAAAGGUAGGUUGAUGCGUUGCCUGCGCUGCCCCGUCGCGUACCACGUCGCUGACCUGUGUGUGGCGGCGGGCAGUGAGAUGAUCACCAACACCGCCAUCAUCUGCACCAACCACUUCAACGCCAAGAAGGGCUACAGCCACCACAGUCACGUCAACGUCAGCUGGUGCUUCGUCUGCUCCAAAGGAGGACAGCUGCUGUGCUGCGAGUCUUGUCCUGCAGCUUUUCACCCCGACUGCUUGAACAUCGCUAUGCCCGAUGGCAGCUGGUUCUGCAAUGACUGCCGGGCGGGAAAGAAACCCAAAUACAGAGACAUUAUAUGGGUCAAACUGGGAACAUACAGAUGGUGGCCUGCAGAGAUCCACCACCCCAGAAGCAUCCCCACCAACAUCCAGCACCUUCGCCACGAGAUCGGAGAGUUCCCCGUCUUCUUCUUCGGCUCCAAGGACUACUUCUGGACUCACCAGGGCCGAGUGUUUCCAUACAUGGAGGGAGACCGGGGCAGCAAGCAUCAGAGGACCGGCAUCGGCAAAGUCUUCAAGAACGCUCUGCUGGAGGCUGAAGCUCGAUUCAAGGAGAUAAAAAUAAAACGCGAGGCCAAGGAAGCACAAGAGAACAGCCGAAAGCCACCGCCAUACAAGUUCAUCAAGGUGAACAAGCCCUUCGGUAAGGUUCAGGUCUACACCGCUGACGUGUCCGAGAUCCCAAAGUGUAACUGUAAGCCGGCGGACGAGAGGCCAUGCGGGUUUGAGUCGGAGUGUCUGAACCGCAUGCUGCAGUACGAGUGCCACCCUCAGGUGUGUCCCAGCGGGGAGCGCUGCUGUAACCAGGACUUCACCAAACGCCUCUACCCAGAGACCAAGAUCAUCAAGACACCCGGCAAGGGCUGGGGCCUGAUCUCUCUCCGGGACGUCAAGAAGGGCGAGUUUGUGAACGAGUACAUCGGAGAGCUGAUAGACGAGGAGGAGUGCCGGGCGAGGAUCAAGUACGCCCAUGAGAACAACAUCACCGAUUUCUACAUGCUCACCAUCGACAAGGACCGGAUCAUCGACGCCGGUCCGAAGGGAAACUACUCUCGCUUCAUGAACCACAGCUGUCAGCCCAACUGUGACACGCAGAAGUGGACGGUGAACGGAGACACGCGGGUCGGACUGUUCGCCGUCCGUGACAUCCCAGAAGGGACGGAGCUGACCUUUAAUUACAACCUCGACUGCCUCGGGAAUGAGAAGACCGUCUGUCGCUGCGAUGCUCCCAACUGCAGCGGGUUUCUGGGGGAUCGACCGAAGAACUCAAACGGCCCGACGGCCGAGCCAAAAGCCAAGCGGUUGAAGAGAAAGUAUAAAAGGAGGAAACUUGAGGGAAAGAAGAAGUCCGACGACGAUUGUUUCCGCUGCGGAGACGGAGGGCAGCUGGUGCUCUGUGGCAAGAAGACCUGCACCAAAGCUUAUCACCUGUCCUGCCUGAACCUCACCAAGAGACCCUUCGGCCGCUGGGACUGCCCCUGGCACCACUGUGACGUCUGCGGGAAGAACUCUGAGGCUUUCUGCCAGCUCUGCCCCAACUCCUUCUGCAAGGCUCACCAGGAGGGGGCGCUGCGCUCCUGGCCUCCCACAGGACAGCUGUGCUGUCUGGAGCACGAGGAGCUGGAGGGAACCAACAACCAGGAUCAGGGCGUCGCCUCUCAGACCAACGCGACGAAGACGACCCCCACUGCCGCCGCCGCCGGAAGCAGCCGUCCACCCAAAGGCAGAGGGAAGACAGAGGGAGCCGAGGCGAAAACUAAACGCUCCAAGAGGAAAGCAGCAGAGGCCUAAAACUAGAGUCUUUGACACCUGCUUCCACGUUCAUGAACAGAUAUAAAGCCCACGUCAUAAUGUCUCCAACAUCACCACAACCAAGGCACUGCACACCUUCACCAUCGGGGAACGCCGCUUCUCUCUCUCUCAUGCUCGGCAGCGGCCUCCAGCUCACCGCUCAAACCAUUUUUAUUUUUCUCUUGUCUGCACUGAGGCGA